UUAGGGCGGUGUGCUUCUCUAUCGCCUGUUUAUAUAUCCUCUCAAAAACUUCAUCCUGUACAAUGGCUUCUUUGGACAUCUCAGAAGUGUUCAGAUAUCUAGCCUUCUUAAGUUUCUAUCUUCCCUUCAUAGCCCUCGCCCUUCUCUUCCUUUAUGUUUCAGCCUCCUUUCUUUCCUUUCUCGUCUUCUUCCUCCGGGAAUCCAUUCACAGCUCUCACCGCCCUCCAGUUGUAGGCACAGUCUUCCACCAGCUCAUAAAUUUCAGUACCCUCUUCGAUUACUUUACCAUCCUUACCCGAAAACACAAGACCUUCAGGUUGGUAAAGCCCUCUCAUAGUGACAUUUAUACCGCUGAUCCUGCCAAUAUCGAGUAUUUCCUGAAGACCAACUUCUCUAACUACAACAAGGGUAAAUUCAACUAUGGAAUCAUGAAGGACCUAUUUGGCGAUGGUAUCUUUGCAGUGGAUGGUGAUAAGUGGAGGCAUCAGAGAAAGCUUGCAAGCUAUGAGUUUUCAACCAAAGUUCUUAGGGACUUCAGUACUGCAGUGUUUCGCACAAAAGCGGCAAAGCUAGCAAAGAAGAUGGCAGAAGUUGCAGGAUCGACAACUGCUGUAGAUAUGCAGGAUCUCCUGAUGAAAUCAACAAUGGAUUCCAUUUUUAAGGUUGGAUUUGGCGUUGAGCUUGGAACUCUUUCAGGUACAGAUGAUUUAGGGGUUGCUUUCUCAAGGGCCUUCGAUGAAGCAAACCACAUGGUUUUCAGGAGGUAUGUUGAUAUAUUCUGGAGAGCAAAGAGGAAUUUCAACAUUGGAUUAGAGGCCCAGCUAAAGAGGAACCUUAAGGUGAUUGAUGAGUUUGUUUUCCAGUUAAUACAGCGCAAGAGAGAACAGAUGGAAAGCAGACAUAAUGACAAAAUGAAAGAGGAUAUACUUUCAAGAUUUGUGAUGGCAAGUCAGAAUGAUGCGACGUUGACAGAUAAAUACUUGAGGGAUAUCAUCCUCAAUUUCUUGAUUGCAGGGAAGGAUACAUCUGCAAAUACGCUCUCCUGGUUCUUCUAUAUGCUGUGCAAGAACCCACUGGUGCAGGAGAAAAUUGUGGCUGAAAUUAAAGAGGUCACUGAAUUUGAAAGUCUUGGUUCUAUUGAUGGGUUUGUGUGUAGAUUAACAGAGGAAAUCUUGGACAGAUUGCAGUACCUCCAUGCUGCACUGGCCGAGACUCUUCGACUCUUUCCAGCUGUUCCACUGGAUGGGAAAUUUGCAGAAGAGGAUGAUGAAUUACCAGAUGGUUUUAAGGUGAAAAAAGGGGAUGGAAUCACCUAUAUCUCCUAUGCAAUGGGGAGGAUGAGUUAUCUUUGGGGUGAAGAUGCGGAGGAUUUCCGACCAGAGCGAUGGCUUCGAAAUGGAACUUUUCAGCCUGAGAGCUCUUUCAAAUUUGUUUCCUUCAAUGCGGGUCCUCGAAUCUGCUUAGGCAAGGAUUUUGCAUACAGACAGAUGAAGAUUUUGGCUGCUACUCUUUUGCAUUUCUUCAAAUUCAAACUUGAAAAUGAGUCGAUGGUUGCUACAUACAAAACCAUGUUUACUCUUCAUAUGGACAAAGGCCUUCCAGUUAUUCUGCAUCACAGGUUCUGCUAAUAUUAGCAACUACUGAGCUACAUAAUCUUUGCAUGCAGUUCAGCAUUAUCAGGAGGCUCAGGAUAAACAAGCUCUGCGCUCAAGGUUAUCCUUUUAAAACAGUUCUGCUUCUCAUUGUUUCAUGCAAAUUAAAACUUUCCCAGCUUGCUUGUGGAAGCAUAAAAAAAUUGAUUUAAUGUAUUAAACGAACAUGCUUGUCUCUACUUUAUGAUGAAUUUCUUGUUGUGGAUUGCAGAUUUCUUAUGCAUCA